UGCCUGCACGCCGCGGCAGGACCGUCUGUUGAGCUGGUCGAGCAGCGUCAUCUCCCUUUGUGCAUCCUCCGUGCACCCACCUGUGCUGGAGGACGUCGCAUCCACGCAGCCUACAUGGAAUAAUAACAACAUUUGACUUCAUCGUCGUUGCGUUUUUGGGUUUUUAAAUUCAGACCCCUUGUCAUUGUCGGGGCAUGUAAAGUUUGGAUGAUGCCCCCGCUCAGCAUCCGCGAUUGCUAAUAAACCGAGCAUUACACGUUAUCUAUCAGAAGUGGACAAAAUAUGGAUUGAUUUAACAAAAAAAACAUACAUUCACCAUGGGAUUCUUCCAGCUAUUUCUGGUUGUGUGCAUAUUUUGCUCAGUGCACGCUUUCGGGGUUGACCCAGCUCUCCGCAUCAGUGUGUUUGACCAACUAAUGGCCGGAGAUGGAUUUGAUGGAGUUACUCAGGUCCAAGGCUUCCACCGGGAGUCCAGAGCGUUCCACUUCCAAGGCUCCUCCAGGGAAGCAAAAGCUUCCGUCGAGGCCUCGGAGCAAAUUUUCCAGAAGCUGAGAGACAAGAAGGAGUUCACCAUGCUGGUGACCCUCAAGCAGGAGCGCCUCAACUCGGGGGUCAUCCUCUCCAUCCAUCAGUCGGAGAACAGAUUCCUGGAGCUGGAGAGCAGCGGGCAGCGCAGCGAGGUGCGCCUUCACUACCGUACCAAAGGCCAGCAGGCCCACACCGAGGUGUUCCCCUACAGCCUCGCAGACAACCAGUGGCAUAAAGUGUCUGUGGCCGUCAGCGCCUCUCAUGUCAUCCUGCACGUUGACUGCAACAAGAUCUACGAGCGGGUGGUGGAAGCCCCCUUCAUGGAUAUUCCCAAGAACGCCUCCUUCUGGCUCGGACAGAGGAACGCCGCUCAUGGAUUCUUCAAGGGGGUGAUGCAGGACGUGGAAAUUGUGGUGAUGCCGCAUGGAUACAUCUCUCAGUGUCCAGAUCUCAACAGAACAUGCCCAACCUGCAACGAUUUCCACGGACUGGUGCAGAAAAUCAUGGAGCUGCAAGACAUCCUCGCUAAAACCUCCAGUAAGCUGUCCAGGGCGGAGGAGAAGAUGAAUGGUUUGGACGGCUGCUAUUGUGAGAGGACCUGCAGCGUCAAGGGGGUCGUCUACCGGGAGGACGAAGGUUGGACAGAUGGCUGCAGGAACUGCACGUGCAUGAAUGGAACGGUGCAAUGUGAGGCCAUCUCUUGCCCUCCUGCUCAGUGCCCGGCGGGCACGUUGCCGGCCUACGUGAAGGGCGCCUGCUGCAAGGAGUGUCAGCCCGUCUGCCUGUUUGGGGGAAGGGAGCUGGUGGAGGGCGAUCACAAGGCUGUGCGUGACUCCUCGGGAAAGUGUCUGCUGUUUGAGUGCAAGGACAGGACCAUGCAUCGAGUGGUCUCUGGCGAGCCUUGUCCCGAGCUGAAGUGUCCAGAAUCGGAGCACAUCACCUUGAGUGACAGAUGCUGCAAAGUCUGCAGAGGUCAUGACUUCUGUUCCGAGGGCCACGAGUGUGUCGAGCACUCGGACUGUGUCAACCUGGAGGCCGGAGACUGCUGCGUUUGCAAGGAUGGUUUCCGUCCUUUGCGAGAUGACAACGCAUACUGCGAAGAUAUCGACGAGUGUGCUGAAGGGAAGCACUACUGCAGGGAGAACACCAUGUGUGUUAACACCCCCGGAUCCUUCAUGUGCAUCUGCCACACAGGCUACAUCCGGAUCGAUGACUAUUCCUGCACAGAGCACGACGAGUGCCUGAGCGGAGUCCACGACUGUGACGAGAACGCCUUGUGCUUCAACAUGGUAGGAGGGCACAGCUGCUCCUGCAAGCCCGGCUACACUGGCAAUGGAACCAUCUGCAAAGCCACGUGUGACGACUUGUGCCAGAACGGCGGGACGUGCUUGUCGCCCAACAACUGCGCCUGCCCGCAAGGAUUCACCGGGAAGAGAUGUGAGACAGACAUUGACGAGUGUGCGGACGGCUUUGUGGUGUGCGACAGCAGAUCCACUUGUGUCAACUUGCCCGGCUGGUACCACUGUGAGUGCCGUGACGGCUACCAUGACAACGGCUUGUUUUCUGCCAACGGGGAGUCGUGUGUCGAUAUCAAUGAGUGCAAGACGGGCAGGAACACCUGCGCCAACGACACCGUGUGCUUCAACCUGGAAGGAGGCUACGACUGCCGCUGCCCCCACGGACACAACUGCACCGGCGAUUGUAUCCAUGACAACAGGGUCAAACACAGCGGGCAGGUGUGGGUGCUGGACAGCGACCGCUGCUCCGUGUGCUCGUGCCAGGCUGGCCAAGUGAUGUGCCGCAGGAUGGUGUGUGACUGCGACAACCCCAGCGCCGACCUUUUCUGCUGCCCCGAGUGCGACCCUCGACUGAGCAGCCAGUGCCUGCACCAGAACGGUGCUGUGACUUACGGCAGCGGUGACACUUGGGUGGAGAACUGCCAGCAGUGCCAGUGCCUGCAGGGGCAGGUGGACUGCUGGCCGCUGUCGUGCCCCCCCGUCGACUGCGAGUUCACGGUGGUACCCGAGGGCGAGUGCUGCCCCCGAUGCGUCAGCGACCCCUGCUUGGCCGACACCAUCCGCAACGACAUCACCAAAACGUGCACGGACGAGCACCACAUCUCACGCUUCAGCGGCUCCUCCUGGAUCAAGCACGGCACCGAGUGCACCCUGUGCCAGUGCAAGAACGGACACAUCUGUUGCUCAGUGGACCCCAUGUGCCUUUAGGGGGGGGGCACCGGUACAGCAUUCUCCCUCAUGGAAAAUACUAAACAAAAAAAAAAAUCAACCCCGCCUCUAUUGCCGUCCCCUCACUGAUAUCAUCAAGGUGCGGCUCGUCAGGAUUGUUUGGGCCACAUGGACGUGUCCUCCUCCUCGUCUUCUUAUCAGGAUAAUUCAUCCAGUCAUCCAUUCAUGUUUGAUUGUUUUUAUUGGAAAUGCCAGCAGGUUUGGUCCCAUUCAUAAAAACACAAGCAGGUUUUUUUCUCAUCUUUCUACCAAACAUGUAAGAUAGCUAAUGUGAUGAUGAUGAUGAUGAUGAUGGACUUCACUCGCCACCCCACUUGAGCUUGUAACAUAUGAAUAUUAACUGGCAUGACUGUGCUCCUUUAUUUUCCUGAUUGGACUGUACAAGACGGUAGUGUUGAUGAGUCCCUCUUGGGACCUGUUAGUGUUCCUUUGCCACACUUACCAGUUGUCAGUAUUAUGUGGUGCUUUGUAGCUUUUUAGUCCACUUUUUGCUUUUUCCAAGCUUGUUAUUGUGCAAUAGUGAAAUAAAGUAUUUCCAUUUACAUUUAA